AAAUAUAUCAAUUGUUGCACAGUUUUAUAACUGCUAUUUUCAGUUAAGCCCCACUUAUUUUCACUCUCUCUCUCCGUCGCCCUAUUUUCCCUCAGACAACCCUCGGGCUCUCAUUGUUGAGGGUUUUCUCUCUCUUCACCGUCUCAAAGUUUUUUUGCUGGAUUGAGCCCGCUGGCUGUAAGAGUUUCAAGCGUACGGGGUUCUCUUGGAAUUACUAGGCAACUUGAACUACAAUUUUAUGGGAAUAAUCCAGUGCACUUUAGCGCAUAAGUAGUUCUGGAAAAAAAUGGGUGAUGAAAAUUUUAAUGAGACGAUCCUGACUGAGAAACUGUCUAAACUAAACAGUUCUCAGCAAAGCAUUGAGUCUUUGUCUCGGUGGUGCAUUUCUCAUCGUAAAAAAGCUAAGCAAGUUGUUGAAACGUGGGAGAAAUUAUUCAAAGCAGCACCAAAUGAACAACGCGUUUCCUUUUUAUACUUGUCCAAUGACAUCCUGCAAAAUAGCAGGCGCAAAGGCAGUGAAUUUGUCAAUGAAUUCUGGAAGGUUCUUCCAACAGCUCUUAAGAUUGUUUAUGACAGCGGCAAUGAAAGUUGCAGAAAAGUUGCCUUCAGACUGGUUGACAUCUGGGAAGAAAGAAAGGUUUUUGGAUCUAGGGGACAAAAUCUGAAAAAUGAAAUGCUGGGGAAGAAUCCUUCUCCAGUCAACAAUGGGAAAACCUCUAUUCCUAAUCCUAUUAAGGUGGUGAAGAGAGAUGCUACAUCUGUCAGAAUCAAAUUAGCUGUUGGAGGUUUGCCAGAAAAGAUUUUAACUGCGUUGCAGUUGGUACAUGAUGAAGCCGUCAACGAGGAAACAACCUUAGGCAAAUUUCAAAAAGCAAUUUCUUCUGUACAAGAAAUAGAGAAAGAUGUUCUAUAUGCUUCAUCUCAAGGAAACCUCAAUGGUUCUGAUGUUGUUGAUAAUUUAGAGAGACAGGAGAGUACUAUUAAGCAAUGCAUUGACGAACUUGAAAAGUCUGAAGCAGUUAGAGUUUCCCUUGUUUCACAGCUUAGAGAAGCACUUCAGGAUCAAGAAACAAAGCUGGAGCAGGUUCGAAGUGAGAUAUCUGUUGCUCGUAGCCAGAUUGAGCAAGCAGCUAAUAUCAGACUCCAGCUAACACCGAACUCUUCCGUACCACAACCUGUAAAUCAAGUGGUGAUUGAACCAUCUUUUCCUCCUGCGAUUCCAACAACCAACGUCUCUGUGCCGCCUCCUACCAAUCCUCUGACUUCAUUUGUGAACUCCACCGUGGAGGAGAGUAAGAAGGCUGCAGCUGCAGCUGUUGCUGCAAAACUAGCCGCUUCAACAUCUUCUGCCCAGAUGCUCACAUCUAUUCUUUCAUCUCUCGUAGCCGAAGAGGCUGCAUCAAUGAGCACUGGCUUGAAACGGCAGAAGCUGGAGCCACCAAUGUCAUUUUCUGAUGGGAAGAACCCUGAAGGAGCCAACUCAACCUAUUUUCCGACUUCACAGCAGGCAAUGACCAGUAUGCCACCUGUUCAGUCCAGCACCGCGCAGGCUGUUUCUCAGGUGAACCAACUGCAGGCAUCAUUUCUUCCGCCGCCUCCGCCUCCACCACCACUUGCACCACCAGGUAAUUCUCCUUCGAAUCAAAUGAUCCAGUCUAAUAUGAUGGGGCUGCCCUAUGGUUACGGUGGAAACAACCUACUCCCUCCCCCGCUCUCAAAUGCACCAACGGGGUUUGUUAGGCCGAACCCUCCGCCCCAGCAGACACAGCAGCAGCCACAAUCACAGCAACUGCAGCAGCUGCAGCAGCCAGCAAGUGGUGGAUACUACAGGCCCGUCGGUAUCGGAUUCUACGGGCAAACCCACCAGCCGCCAACCCCUCCCAUACAUCGACAGUGAGGUUUUAUUGGUAAACACCGGACCUUGUGUUAUUUUUGUAUAUUAAUAGGACAGUAAACCAUGGCUAAGGACCUUUUUGACAGCUAUAUCAUAGUGUAAUAUCCUCCGGUCCGUGCCCUGCCGCGUCGUUGCGAUCGGGUUCCAUCGGAUUCUUUACGCGGCAUGCGUCGUGGUACUUGUAGCUCAUGUAAACUAAAUGUAGAAUUUAAGUAAUUUAGUCACAGAUAGACUAUAAGUACAAGGCUCUUCACCCUUUUUGUUGGCCUAAGUCUUCAAUUUUCUGCA